UUUACGUAGACAUACAACAAAUACUGGGUGUAUUUAUAGUUCAAAAACCUACAUGGUCGGUUUCACACAUUCAAAAGAUUUUAUAUGCGUAUAUGAAGGUGUUCGCUGAAGCGAUAUAUUUCACACAUAUGCACAUACACCUACCUACAUUAGAUAAUGUGUUGAAGAGUAUUGACCAUUUGUAAAUUAUUUUGGGGUUAAUCUAUGUAGACAUACAUGUUAACACACAUGGGGUACAUAAAAAUAAGUCUAUUUUAUUUAAUGUUCAUGUUAUACAUCCCUGACAAACAAUCAACAAAAUCCCGAAUAUAUAUAUAUAUAAGUGUGCGGGGUUUAAGGCAAGUUAUUCUAAGAGAAAAAUCUAUGCCAUUCACGUAAUCUGUUAUAAACUAGUUUCAUUCUAAGUUCAACACAGAGACCAACACUUCCAUCUAUUAGGUAGGUAUAUGUUAUAAACAAUAAGAAAUAUUCUAACAAGGAUUAAAUAAAAAGAAAACGGAUUUACCUACUGGGAAACAAAAUAACUAACUUGGAUAAAAUGUCAUCUCCUUUAGAUACAUUUAAUUAUUAUUACAUAACAUUAUUAUUAUUAUCAUUACUAUUACAUGUUGUUUAAAUAAUGAAUAACAUGGUAUAUGUUAAAUGUUUUAUACAAACAACAAUAAUCUUAAUUGUAUAUUUUAUGUUUUAUGUUCAAUGUGAAAAACAUUCAAAAUCUGACAACGACUUCAAUGAUAUAACAGAACCUACAUUAUUCAAUUCUCAAUUAGUUCGAAUGAAAAAAGGAAUCGAACAUUCAUCUGACAGUCAUGUUGACAUUGAACACAUUGAACAACAACAUAAUCUUGAAACUUUAAAAGAUCAUUUAAAUAAUUUAAACAAAAUAAAUUAUGAUGAUAAUAAUAAUAAAAUAGUAACUAAUCAUGAUGAAUUGAAUCUAUUCCAAGCUUUAUCAAAUCAUAAUGAUAAAUCAAAUGAACAAAGUACCACUUAUACAUUUAUUGAAAUGAUUGUUCAACGUACAGUUAAUAAAUAUAUGAAUGUAAUACGUACCAAAUCGGAUUGGUUAAAACGUUUAUUACAAUUAGUUAAAGAAGAAAGAGAUAUUCGUUCAAGAUAUAAUUGUUUUACUGAUGCAUGUAUUUAUAAAAUUCAAUUAUUUACAACACAACUUAAAGCUCAUCUACUUAGAAAUACAGUUCACUUAGAACCAAUUCAACAUAAAGAUCCUAGAAAUAUAGAUUUACAUUUGAAACGAAUGAAAAGAUCAAUAUCAGAACCAUCGGCAUUUUCAACAUCAUUAAGUAGGAAUGAUUCAACGAUUGAAAUUUUAAAGAAUAAUCCAGAGAUGCAAGAUUUAUUAUUUCUACAUGAUGAUGAUGAUACAGAGGAUGAUGCUUUACGAUUACCGGAUGAAGUGAAUAAAUUAAAUUUAAUAAGACAUCGUCAAGAUGAUGAUGAUGAUGAUCAUUCGGUGACAAAUUGGACAAAUAAUAAUGAUAGUAAACAUAAAUCAAUUAAAUUUGAUAAUCCUGAUAAAAUUGAUGUGGCUAGAUUUAGUCAAGAAUUGACUGGAGAUGUUUUAUCUAAGCAUAUAAAAAGUCAAACAGUUGCAGUACCUAUUCCCACUGACAUAACAGAAGGCAAUUCAAUGAAUGUUGUUACAAAUGUUAAUGAUAAUGAUAAUAAUAAUGUCAGUAGUAGUGUGACAUCAUCGUUUAUACCUAUUCAACAGUUACAUGUAUCAAUAGAUAACCAAUCAAAUUUGUUAGUAGAUAAUGAGUCAAAUCUAUUUUCAGAUAAUUCAGUGGAUAAUGAAGAUAAUAAUCUUAUUGAAGUUAAUCAUAAAGAUCAUGAUGAAGAGUUACCUAACAGUAUGACUGAACAAGUUUCAAAUCUUUUGAUAGAUGAAUCAAAUGAUCAGAAAAAUACUUUGAAUGAUGAUGAAAAAGAGAGAAAACAAGUAGAAGAUUUAAUCAAUAGUACAGUAUUCAUAGAAGAUGAGAACAAUAUUGAUGCAUCAUCUUUUUCUACUACUUACACUGAACAACCAACAUCAUCAUCAUCACCAACUGAGACAAUUGAAUUUACAACUAAUCUACCUAUUACAUUGAAUAAUCUGUUACCUACACCGAAUUCAAUAGAUUUUAUGACUGACGAAUUAUUGGAUCAGACGAAUACAACAUCAUUAUCACCAUCAUCCACAUCCACGAUAACAACAACAACAGCAACAACCGAUGAUGAUCAUUUAGAAAUAUAUCAACAUUCAAUCAAACCAUCAUUAAAUAUUAGAGCUAUUUCAUUAACUGUUGAAGAAACACUAGCUAUACCAUUUGGUUUGAAUAAAUUCGAUGGACGACCAUAUGAGAAUUGUACUGGACAAUAUGAAAAUUAUUGUUAUAAUGCAAUAAAAUGUGUUUAUAUUAGUGUAUUGGAAACAGCUGCUUGUUAUUGUAGGACUGGUUACACAGGUGUCCGUUGUGAUAUGUUCAACUUACCACAAACAUUGGAUAUAUUGAAAUCUUUUCGUGAAGAAAGUAUUGAUAUCAAUUCACUUCAUCAGCCAACAGCAUAUAUCUUGCAUAAUGUGAUUGAAGCAACCGCACGAUAUACGGUGAAUGCUGUUUUGGAAGAGCGCUUGUUGUCAACAUGGGAAGAAGAUACACCAUUCUAGAGUGUGUGUUCACAAUACUUCUGUACACACACACACACAUGUAUUUAUGUAAUGAGUAAUGAUAACUAUUAUUAUAACAAAACGGUAGCACAAUUAAUUGUAGAUAACUUUUCGUUUAUUCAUAUCCCUUAUUUAAUAUUUUCUUUCGCAUUUAAAUUUUAUAAAAAAAAUUUUACACUUGUCGAAUACUUUGCAAAGAAAAACAAGCAAACAAAAAAAUCAAUCAUAAGUCUAAUUUCAUGAAACAAAUACCAUUUUAUUAUAAGUCAAUAUUCAUCUCAGAAGUAGAGGAAUUUAUUGUUAAGGAGUGGGGAAGUUUCUGAAUUCGUAGUUUUUUUUUGAAUUUCUGUUUAAAACUUAACACAUGAAAAUAUUGAACAAACCCACUAGCGACUAGCUUCAAGAUGUAAUUCCUGGAGUUCUAGUGAGCUGUGAUCAGUAGAGUUCAACGGCGUUGGGUGUGAGACGGUUAUCCACCACAGGCAAUGGAUGAAGGGUCGCACAAGAUAAUGGAUUGAUUGAACUCAGAUAUUAACACCUUCGAAUGUCAGUUCAGUGGUCUAGAGAUUAAGCAUUCGUACGAGACUGAAGUUUCUGGGGUCGAGUUCCGUGUGCGGGGUCGUGGAUGAGCACUGUUGAGGAGUCCUGCACUAGGACGAAA